AAAUGUCCGAAAGCCACUUAUAUUUAAGCUAAAUGUUCCAUCAACAGCAAGGGCCAAUGAGGAGAUCUCUGUGGAACUUCAUCUUCAAACACAAUAUAGAGAAUGUUUUGUGGUACAAGGUUACCUUGUAAGUAGUGUACAAAUUGGAGGUGGCUUCGACUAUCUACAAACCCGCUGCGUCUGUAUUGACUCUCCUAUCACCUUUUACUGGGAUUUUGAAGUUCCAAAAACUGUAAUGUUUACAAUAGUCGUUGACAUUAUUAAGAAGAAAGGUAUCUGCCCUAAUGAUGUGGCAGUGGUGCCCAUCACAGGAGAUCGGUACUACACUGAACAUACUGUGUACGUGAUUUAA